AUGGCCCAACAACCAGGGGCAAAGGACACGGGGACUCCCGAGCAGUCACACCCACGACCGCCUCCUCCCAUCACGCAUAUCCUCGAAACAUGUCUACAGGUCAAAGACCUGAAAGCAUCCACGGCAUUCUACAGAGACAUUUUGAAUGUCCAGCCUUUUCUUGAUACUCCACGAAUGUCCGGCUUCUCCUUCGCUCAAACCACCCUCCUCCUAUUCCAGCUCGGCGCCACUGCAGCAGACUCACACAUGCCCGACAACCGUGGCACGAUCCCCGGUCACGGGCCGACGCAGAAUAUUCUUGAUUUACUACUGCCCGCCUACAACACUACCACCUCCAUUUCUGCCUCCGAGGAAGAUUCCAAAGUAUCAUCUUCUCCUUCUCCGUCGACCCCCGGAAGCCUACAUCAGCACUUUUGUUUCGCAGUCCCGUCGCCAGAUGACGUGAGCGCAUGGGAACAAUGGUUCAAAGAGAAGAAGGUCAAAGUCCUCGGCAAAGUCGAGUGGCCGAGGGGUGGACGGAGUGUGUAUUUUGCCGAUUUGGAUGGGAAUGUUGGGGAGGUGGCUAGUCGGGGGAUUUGGGGACAUUAUUGA